AUGACCUCCACGGGCCUGAGCUUCUCCAACGUGCUCCGCAUCACGGACGACAGCUCCCGCUUGAGCCAAUGCCUGCGAGAGGCCGUGGCGACGUGGCGCGUGGUGACGUGGCGAGCCGCGGGGCGUGGAAUCUGGCUGCGUGCGGGAGGGUGGUGCCUGAUUCGCAAAGAAAAAGAUUCACAGGCGCUGAAAGGGAACUUGGUGCCCUUGGUCUUGGCAGAAGAGGGCGCCAAGCAGCAUGCCAUGGAAGCCUUGUUGGCAGCAGGCGUCAUGACCGAGCCCAGUGCACAGUGCGUUUCUUUGCGCUUGGCGGCCUUGGAGCAGCGGCGCCAGCGGGACGCCCGCCGUUCCGGGUCGUGCCGCGAAGCGACGCGGGGUGCGGGGGUGCAGAGAGGACGUCCGGGGGAAUCGGUGCGGGAUUACAAGCGCUUCUUCACCGACGCCUUGACGUCCUCCAUCCGCUCCGGGAGCUGCUUCACGCCGCCCGGAUGGAAGAGAAAGAGGCUGGUCUUCGAAGAUGACGGCCAUGCGGAAGACGAAGAAGGUUGGCUGCAGCGGACACCGCAGACGAGCUCCAUGGAGGCCCAAAGGGCACUGGCGCACGUGGUGGAGCAACGGUGUGGGAGCCACCGGCGGCACCGGGAGCUCUCCCAGCGCUUUCUCUCGGUCGAGGUGCUCCCGGACGAGUGGAGCUUGUCGCGCUUCUUCAGCAGCUGCUUGGAGCAACGCUCCGCGUUGCCGCCCGAGAUCUUUGCACCGAUGAUCUUCAACGCCCGGGGCAAGGCUCCUUUGCUCUUGCCAGAUGGCUCAGACAACGGCGUUCCUCCUGAGAGCGCGGAAGAAUUGCAGACCCCUGCGCCGUCACAGGAGCCCCGGGGGCGUGGCGACAACGAUCGUCGUUCGCGGUGGUGGCCUGACGACUUGAUGCUGCGGGCCGCAGGCGAACUUCCAGAGAGCAGCUGCGGGCUGACGGGUCACGUCUUCGAGGCGUCGGAGGAAGAGCUGCAGCAGCGUUGUGGCGAUGCGGAGAUUGGCAAUGUUGGCUGCACAGAGAGAUUGGACUUGUGGCGUGACAUCAAGGUUGAAUAUUUGGAGGAGAAGGCAUCGACGACCCUUCAGCAAUGGACGGAAGGCACAAUGUUCCGAACAGGGGCCAGCGGUGACUCGAUGGCCGCGACCACAGAGAAGAAGAGUGAAGAAGAACUGCGACCCACCAAGCUGGAGAAGAGCAUGGAGACGGAGAAGGGUCCGCUGGAGCUCGAAGCUGCCCUGCACAGCAGCGAUGAGGAGGAGUCUUGCAGCGGCGCAAGCAAUCCUGCUGGCACGACCACGGUGUAUGUCAGCACUGUGCCGGGCAGCGACUUUGAUGACCCGGAGUUCGGCGACCUGUCUGUGGACGACGAGCAGUGGCUGGCGGCUUGCCCACAGAAGACGCGGCAGAAAAUGUGCGAGAAGGCCGGCCGCAACAGCCGACGAGGUGAUCCCACAGAGACCUCGAGCUUGUUGGGUUUGCAGGGUUGCCCGGAAAGCCUUUGCACUACCAAGUCCACCCGGUGCUUUUGGCACAAGCCCCGAUGCCCAGCGCCAUGGAAGACGCCGAGGACUCUGGGAGAGGGGAAGACCAAAGCGGGCUUGGAAGAGGUGCGGAAGUGGGUGAAGCAACGCUUCGGCAAGCACGUGCCCUGCCAUCGCCUCGCCCUCCUCGUGGUCACCGCUCCGGAGCGACCCGAAGAGAGGAUGGAGCGCGACGACGGCCGCACCGCACCACGGGGCAGCGACAAGCACAAGCGGAAGCCCAUCGUCGUGCCUUGGCGCCGUGAAGAACCGUCGGUGACAUGGAACGACACGCGCUUCGCCAGGAAGGACGGGCUUCCCAACAUGCCGUUGAGGGCGGAGACCUCGAAAGAAAUCGCCCCUUGGACGGAGGCUCAGCUGGAACAACGACUGGAGCGCUUAGAGAGCGAUCCACCGGUGGAGGUAGAGGACGACGGAGAGAAGGGAGAAGUCGUCACGCUGGAGGGACUCUUCGACAACUGCGACUGGGACGACCCCCAAAGCUAUGAGGACAAAGUCUCCUUUUUCCAAUGGCUUCAGCAUCACCUGUCUGUUGUCAAGAAGGAGGUCUUUGAUCCUGGGGAAUUGGCGGAUUUCUCAGAAGAGAUGAUCCGACUAUAUAACGCACAGAGACGGGCACAGAGCCGCUGCGGCGAAGGGCUUCGAUGUCGCGUGGACGAGGAAAACGAGAUGGAGAUGGGGCGAAAAGACCAUCCCAGAUCAUCCCGUUCCUGGGAUUCCAAGGCCAGCACACGCACAAGCCGGUCCGCCUGUUGGAGGGGCAAAGCCACGAGGCUCACUGGGCGUGACGUGGGGAGGAGCAGUGCACAGCCCCGGCAGCCGGCGCCCAUGCCGCCGGCGCAGACGCGGCUCAGCUCCACCGCCGCGGCGGAGACGCCGCCCCAGCCGCAGGUGGCUGACGGGGGCCCCGUCCUGUCCUAUGUCCCUACGCUGCCGCCCACCUUGCAAGAGCCCAGGCCCACGUGGAUGAACUCUUUGCGGGUGGCCUUUGGUUGCUCUGCGGCCUUGCUUUGUAGAGGCAGCUGGAGCAGGUUCCUCAAGCUCUUGGGGCUCCUGAAAACUCUGCCGAGCUCAUGCGAAACGGAAUUCCGCGUUGCCAUUGGAGCUGCGGCCGGGCCGCGUGCCUCGCAUCUGUUCGCGGUGGCGUUGCGAUGGGGAUCGCAGCGUGGUGCUGCGUGGGUGCAGCUGCCAUCGGCUGCCGCCCAAGCCGAGCGUGCCCAGCAGGUGUUGGCACAAGCGGCGCAGGUGGUGCAGCAGUGUCGUCAGUCGCUGACGGCCUCGCGGCCGACGCUGUUCGGGGCGCCGCCACAGCCAGCACAGCCAGCACAGCCGGGCGCUGCAAACGCCUGCUACGCUACACCUUUUGUGGCAAUGCCACAGUCGAUGCCUGGUAGCCCACCCUGGCACCCGCGGCCAGCGGCUUCCACUGAAGUCUCGGUGCCCUCGCCGUCGGCGCUACCGGUUGGGGCCGUGCCGACUGGGUCGGUGGCUUCAGAAGCACCGACCGCACUGCGCGCACCAACCGCGCCGAUGGCGCCACCGGGACCUGUGGCGCAGCUGUUCCCCCAGAGGCCAGGAGCUUCCACUGAAGUGGCAGCGCCCUCGCUGUCGGUUUCUGGGGCUGCGCCCGUUGGGUCAGCGGCUUCAGCGGAAGCACGAGCACCCCUGGCGCCGACGGCAGCGCCGAUGGCAGCGCCCCUGGCAGCGCCACUGGCAGCGCCACGGGCACAGAUGACCGUCUCUGCUUCGCAGCUUUUGCCCGGCUCUCCACAGCCGCCCUCCACCAUCACCGGUGCCAUGCUUCGGUCCGCCUCGCACCCUCCGAUGUCCGGCCCGCUGCUGGCCUCACCGCCUCCCAGCCACACUGAGCCGCAAGGUCGCGAAUCACCCGAGGGCGAGAACGACCUCUUCUUGUGGCAGGAAGAUUUGCCCGGUCCAGUACGAAUUCCUCGAGGCCCGUCGCCCACGCCCUCAUGGGCAGCGCCCCCCCCGUUCGGCGGCAAGCUCGAGGGCCAGCCUCCAAACGCUGAACACGGUGGACCGGAGCCAAAGGCGGAACGAUGCCGCUCCGCCAGCUUUGACCACCUUGAGCGAGCCUGUGGCCGUCCAACCGGACGCCCAACCGGCUGGCGCCUGCGCCGAGCCCACGACCGCGUCUUCGAACAUGGGCAUGUCCAACGUCAAGAUGCCGGCGCCGGUCAGAAAGCCCAUCCGCGAUUGGAGUGA